UCAGAGCACUUUGGACGUCCAUGGAAUCUUUUUAAAAAUUUAAAGGUUUGUUUUUUGCCCGUUUUUUACACAAGCAAGUUUUGUCCGCAAACAAUCCCUGAGUUAAUCCGUUGUAAAUCCUCUUUUCCAAAUUUGAUUAUGAAGUGUUUAGCAAUUGUCUGGUAAAGGGAAGGGGUUUUAAACAUUUUUAGAGCUUUCAGCAUGUAUCUUACUUGAAAGAUGACAGAAACUUGGAAAGAAACCAAAAUGGUAUUUCGCGGACGAUGAGCUUGCUAGGCUUCCAUCAAGAAUGUCAAUGGAUUCAGCUGCUAAACUUAAAUAUAGAAGAGAGGAUUCAUUCAGGAAAUGGCUGAACGUUGAACCACAAUAUUCUACAACACAGAGGACAACUGGCAAGCAUUCGCUUCAACAAAACGACAAUUGCAAUUUUGCGUGUGUUUGGCUUGUAGAUGAGCAGUUAUGAAGUUUGAAAGGUUAUUAAUUCUUUUUCGGGUCUUUUGAGUUUAAUGACUCGAAUUGGAUCCCUAAAUUCAAAAUUCACAUUUGUAUAUGGGGAAAAAAUUUGAAGGCCUUUCGUAAUGACAGUUGGUUAAGUUGGUAGCGGUUCUGGAUUUUAUUACAAUAGGGUGUAUGUUCAAUACUUCCUGAUUUGAGCCCAAUUGAUGACGACGAGCCUUUGGACAAUUUUUUUAUGUUGCUUUGGAUACAACACAUGCUCCUGAAACCCCAGCUUGAAAGGUUAUUUAAUGAGUUUAAAAAUUCUUUUAAAAAGAUUUUUUUAACAUGUUCAACUCGGAUGAACACACUCAUUGGUUGGGCAUUCCUGGCGCGAACAGUCGAGCAUUGGCAGCUUUUGGCUGUGGAUUUUCGAGAUGGGAAGGAAGGCGUGAUUGAGACAAUGACUUGAACAAUUCCCAACAACAGCAUCAAAAGAAAAGCAACAACAAGAUGGACUUCGAUGGAUUGCAAGCGAAGUGGUGCUUCUACAACAAUCCUUUUUUUUUGCUUUUUUUUCUUUUUUUUUUAAUUUGAUGGGUUUUUAUUUUUGUUUUAUAAAAUACCUUGGUUUUGUUUUUAUUUUGUUUUGUAGAAACCUAGACGGGACU